GAUCAUGAUUAUAUCAGUCAGUUUCUUUUUCAUUGACAGAUACGUGUUCAUUUCAUUAGUAUCUUUUUAUUUUGUGAUUGAGUGCAAUUGAAUCACAAAUUGAUCCAAUCCAUAUAUAUCUUUCUAAUUUGUGAUCCAUAUUCGAUUGUUUUAUACGUUUAUAUUGUGCGAUUAAAAUAGAUUUUUGCGUAGCAUUUAUCCAUUACUGUUUCUUGUUUUCUUCAUAGGUUCUGCCAGAAAAUCUCAUAACAUAAUAAAAUAUUUGUAUCUAAAUGUCUGCUCUGUCUUACAUUUGUGGAUACGGGUACGGAUCGAAUUCAGACGAUAGUGAUUGUGAGAUUGUGCCUAGGGGCUAUAAAAGACCAAAGCUACCUACUCCAGAUUUGAGCAAAGUAACAGUCAUUCCAGUUUGCGAAGAGCAUUUGGACGACCCCAAACAGCACGACGGACGGACUCGUACGUUUCCUCAUGUGAGAGGAAAUUGGGCCACGUUUGUUUACAUUAAAUAUUCUGAUGAGGAAGGGUUGUUUGAAUUGGUGAACAAUUUACAAUCUGCAGUUGUCAAGAUACUUGACAAAGAACCUUGCCAGAGGUGUGAGGAUUUUCAUAUUAGUUUAUCAAAAACUGCUGUGUUGAAGUAUCAUUUUAUAUCCCCAUUUACUACAUCAUUGCAAGAAGCAUUAACUGGAUUGAAAAGAAUCAACUUGUCCUUUGAUUCUGUAAAAGUAUACUGCAAUGAUGAAAACACAAGGACUUUCAUAGCAUUGAAAGUGGAUUAUAGCAGCAAUAAAAGUUUGCAAGAAAUAACUUCAAAGGUAGAUGAGAUUUUAGACGAAUGCAGCCUGCCUACAUUUUAUGAGGAUCCAUCAUUUCACAUGAGCAUUCUGUGGGUUAAUGGGAAUAAAAAGAGGGAACUUGAAGAUAUUGUAGAAAAUCUCAAUGAUAUUGUGGCUCAGGAGAUAGGAAAGUCUCUACAAAACGUUAUUGUAAACCGAGUGCAUUGUAGAAGUGGAAAUAAAUUAUUCCAAUUCUCUUUACAAUAACCUGAAUUAUGGAGCAAGGAGCCAAUAGAGUGUUCUUAAACCCUAACUUCCAUAGAGGCCAGAGGAAUGUACCACCAAACAAAUCAAUGCAUAUAAAUCCUAAUUUUACACAAUGCAUGCCCAACUUUCAAAUGAAUACU